AUGGACUGUUACUACUGUCACGAUGAGUCUGACCACAAUGCAACAGACAUCAGCAGGGGAGAGUCUGAGAUGUUGAGUGACGCUUUGACUGUAUUCAUCCUUCAGGUUCUAAUCUACGGUGUUACACCUGGCAUUUCUGCGUUUGGCGUCGCUGGAAACAUUCUAAGUAUAGCCAUACUCCGCCGACACGGACUGCGGAAGUGCUCCAACAUUUUGCUGGUUUCUCUGGCUCUGAGCGACCUUCUCUUCCUUCUUGGCUUCAACAACAUCCCCAAACUGCUGUAUGACGUAGUCGGCGAUGCUGGGAUGUACACGUAUAGCCUUGACCUCUCAUUCGCGCUCUACGUCAUGUUCACUAUCUUUAACAUUCUGAACUACGCUUCUCUGGGCGUGUCCUUGACUUUGCCUCUGCUGAUCACAUGUGAGAGGCUGGCGGCGGUGUUUCUUCCGCUCCAGUUUCGAGACGUGUUCACGCCAAGGAGAACAUGGUGCAGCGUCUUCUGGAUCUACGCGUUUUGGUACGCAUUCUUUGUGCACAUGUCUCUCUAUCUGACAUUCAGCUUCGAGUUUUUCGAACCUGUCAACAUGACUGUUGGCCUCAUCAAGCGGUCUCAGUACCACCACGAUCACUUGGGGACAGUUCAUCUUCUGGAAAGCCUCAUGUCCUACCUUAUGAUGAAAAUACCGGCCGUGGCCACUCUAGCAGGAUGCAUCGCUAUCUGGCUGAAAAUCAAGUGGGUCUCCCUUGCAAGGCGACAGCUGACCAUGAAGAGAGCUCGGGACGCCACGAGGAGCCACACAACCAGGAUCCUGUUGGCAGUGUGUACUGUGUACACAAUCACGUGCGCCGUCAUGUCACUGCCCACCUUUAUCCCCAAGUACGUUUACUAUACCAUGACCAGCGACGCUCCUUCCAACCUCAGCAAGAUCAUAUACCACCUAAUGAAUCUGGCGGUCUGCUUCAACUGCUCUUGCAACUUUGUUAUCUACAUCCUGCUGAACAAAAACUUUAGAGAUACUUACAGAGCUAUUCUCUUUACAUGUACAACACUUCCAGUUCGGGGUGGGUAA